AUGUCACGCCCCAAUUUACGGGCGGAAAAGAAUUGCCUUUCGCUUGAUGGGGGCGGUGUGCGCAGCCUCUCCUCUCUCCUUAUCCUCGAGGAAAUAGUGCGUCAAUAUAAUAUUACAAACGGGCUCGCUGCAGAUGACCAGCCGCCAGGCGAUGCAUUUCAUGUCGCUUUUGGAACCAGCGGCGGAGGUUACGUGGUUUGCCGCCGUUCAGACAGUCUUGGACUCAUCACCAACAACCUCCCUGUGUGCUUUGCCUGUUUCGCAAACGGACAAGCCAAUCGCCUUGUCUGGGAAGCAGCCCUAGCCACCAGCGCUGCACCCACCUACUUUCCUCCCGCCGAGCUUGGUGCACUGGACUAUUAUGUGGACGGUGGCUUGGGCUUCAAUAACCCCAUCAUGACGUUUCUGGAUCAGAGAUCGUCCAUGGGCAUUGGAGACACCACACGCAUCUGCAUUAUAAGUAUUGGAACCGGAGAACCAGCCCCGGCUCAGAUGGAGAUGGCACGGAAUAGUUGGUGGCGGUUCUGGAACAGGUUCCCCCUGGUGAACUUGUUUCGAAACACUAUUGCACUCGCGACGGACACGCAGAAUACCCACCGUUUUUUCGAGCAAGUCUCGCGGCUGUUACCGAAGCUGUCGUACUUCAGGUUCAACUGCGAGGGUGGACUGGCAGAGAUUCCCCUCGACCAAGCCAGCCAGUUGUCAACAAUCGCUAACCUUACCACUGCAUAUCUUGCAAGAUCCCAGACUCAAGCAAUGAUCCAAACUGCUGUGAAUGAAAUGGCCUAA